AUGAAGUUUCCAGUCACUUUAGUUCUAUUAGUCGCUGUUCUUUGUUGUCUUGUCGAAGCAGCCAAGCGCCGGGGGUACAAUAGAGGCAUCCUCGACAAGAAAGGUAUGAUGCAAAAGAGAGGUAUCCUCGGUAAGAAGGAAUUUGGCAAGAGAUACAUCCUCGAUAAGAGCGAAUACGUCAAGAGAGGCGGAUUGACUGAUAUCCUGGACAAGAGAGAUAUCUACCGCAGACAAGAAAAUAAUUACGACUUCGACGAACUGACAGACAUGAAGAGGGGUAUCCUCAGUCGUCAAGAUAACGAUGACCUCGAGGAACUUUCAGCCAUCAAGAGAGAGAUUCUCAAGCGUCAAGAUGAUGAAACGCUCGAAUGA